AGCCAAGAGCAUUACAUCUGCCAGGAAUCUAGCAUAAUCAAUCCACUUCACCCAGCAAGCUGCUUUUGAGCAUUUCUCAUCACUACAUCUUGGAAAAAACUUUGCCUGUGUUGCAGAGCAAGACAGUGCCUGGAAGAGGGAAGCAGCCGAGGGGUCGGAAGUGAGAAGUCAACGAAAAAUCCAGCAGCUUUGGAGAUUGGAACACCAGGGCAGAACAGGCUUCCUCUCGCUCAUUUUUCUCCUGAUACCAGCUAUUCUGAAUCGGGGACCGAGCCCGGCAGCAGGAGACAUCACGGCACUUUCCAGGUGUGAUCCUACUGCCUCCCUCCGUAGAGCUCGCCAUGAAGAGUAAGGAUGAGACCAGUGACACAGACAGUGGGAUCAUAGUACAGUCAGGACUAGACAGCCCCAUGUCUCCAAUGAAGGAUCUGACGCAAGCUAUGAGGAAGCAGCAGAAGGCGCUGGAGGAGCGACUAGAGGCCUGUGUGCAGGAGCUGCGAAGGCUGUGUUUGCGCGAAGCGGAACUGACAGGAUUGCUUCCUUCAGAGUAUCCUCUGAAACCAGGAGAAGUGGCCCCAAAGGUCCGACGUCGAAUUGGUGCUGCUUUCAGAUUGGAUGAGAAGGCCUUUCUCUCCAGAGGAGUGGAUCCUCUGAGCAUGUUGGAGAGAGACCUAGCUCUGCAGCUGCAAAUUGCUGAAGCAGCGCGAUGUCUGUCCCGGGAAGAGAAUCUCACCAAGCAGGUUCGGAAGCGCCGCAAAAGUGCUGUGCUGAAGGAGGAAAAGAAGCUGAAGGAGCUGGAGCAGUCUGUCACAGAGUGCCGCCAGGCAGCCAGGCAUUCGUCACAGCUGAGGGCCAGUGCACCAGCCUUACAAGGGUUCAGUGCCUCUGAUGAGAACUCCUUGUUGGAUGCUGUUGCGGUAGAAGAAGAAUCCCAGGUACUGAGCGCCCAUCUUCCGCCAAUGCUCACAGCUUCAGCUCGCCUCCAACCCCCGCCCGGUUCUUCGGCUCAGCCUCUGCGUUCUGCGUUACUAGAAGGGCAAACCCACUACCAAGCCACUGACGUGGAGUGCUCUCCCAUCCAAAACAGCCCAUGGAAAGAGACCAGUCUGGACAAGCCCUAUGAAAAGCCAAAGAAAUCCACUGAGCCCAGCAGUGUGCCAAGCAGUCCAGGCCUGCUGUCUCAACCGUCACCCAGCCGUACCCCCCAGACAAGUGCUGAGGCAUCGCCAUGCCACUUUGUUCCUCCCAGGAAGCUGGAAGUAAGGAAACAGGCUGGUUCCAGUGCCCCACAGACACCUGAGUUCCUGGGAAGGAGAGGACAACCUCAACUCAUGAGGGUGUGUUCAUCCCGGGAAGGCUUCGAGUCCCGCGGAAGAAGCGCAUUGCCAAGGCGGCGUCCCACCUACUACACUGUCACUGUCCCCGAGUACUGCUUCUCUGUGCCCAAGGCCAACCCAGCCACCAAGCCCACCUACCACUCCGCCUCAGAAGACAGCAAUUCGGAUGUCUCCAGCAUCUCCUAUACCACCUCUGCCGGCAGCAGCAGCCCCGACAUCUCCUUCCUGAAGCCAAGCUCCUCGGUCCCCAUAGAGGAGCCCCUGCAGCCGUUCCAGAACCAGACCUCCAAGGGGAACGGACCCGAAUACCACUGCCAGUGUCCUCAGAAGCUGCUCUCACCGCUGGGAUACUUCUCUGCCGUAGAAUAUGACAACCACCUGCCAGCUGGGCGGGAGCUCGGCCACAGCCGGCCGCCCUUCCUGUCUGUAAGCUCCGCCCAUUUUGCCUACAAGGAAGAGGCGGUGCCUGUGCGGUUCCACCGGUCGGUUGUUUCUCACAGCAGGGUGGUGCGCACCCCGUCUCUGAAGGACUGCUCCCCGAUGGGGCCCCGAGUCCUCUCCAAGUCGGCCGUGACAGAAGAGCUAAAAUCGUGGCACGAACGGACUCGGCUGCGUAAUGCGCGGCCACAUUCCCUGGACAGACAAGGGGCCUUUCGCAUGCGCAGCGGGCCCGGCCGAGAGUUGCGCCCCUCCUGUUCCAUGGGGCAGCAAAUUCAGGUUCCCCGUGUCCAUGUCCUGAAACGGUCUCCUGAGGGAGCCCCUGUGCAGGUCUACGUGCCAGAAAAUGGAGAAAUCAUUACUCAGGUGUAGAGACUGCUGAAUCACCGUGACUUCCUGCAAUUCGGCAAUGUCAGCAGGCUGGCUGCCUAGACCGACCCGUCUCCCCAUUCCAGGUUGGAAAGACAAGGCUUUGUGUCAAACUUUGGUGUGUUCUUCGACCAUCUGAUCCUGCUUUAUUAAAGAGAACACUUUAGGGGCUAUUCUGCAGCCUAUGUGAGACUAUAUAGCUCAGUCUCUUCCUUGGUUCCUAUGAUGAACUGAUGCAAUAGACUACUGCAACAGACAGCUGGGUUUCCUGUCCUGUGCGGAAUACAGAGCACAGCAAGAUCCCUCACCCCUCUUAACUAGUGUUUGCUUGUCUGCCUAUUUAUUCACGUCUGUCUGUGGUGGAAAGAUCUUGGGAGCCAGCUGUAGGUUAUGAAAGCAAGAACUUGAGAACUUUUUAUAGCUUUUCAGAAAAGAGCCAAGCCUGACUACAUGAAUUUUCUUUCCCCCAUGGAAGCAGAAUCUGCCUGCCCUCACAUGUGCUAGAUGUGGAGCCUCUGUUGUCUUCUUUAUUCUUGCAUAAAGUAGUGUGAUGUAGCAAACAGGCAAUGGAGGCAAGCAAGCUUCCCCAAGUGUAGUUUGGUGUACAUGCCCUUUCCCUAUUGUUCUCCCUUCACAACUGCUUUUCACAGCAUUUGCCAUGUUCUUGGUUCUGUAUCUACAUCACAACGAUUCUUAAAAGGAGCCCUAUCUUU